AACAACAGCUCCGGCCAGCCAAACCGAACUCAAAGUGACAAAACGUUCCCGUUUGCUGGAUGAGAAAAGAGGAAAUCUAAAUCUCAGGAGUUGGACUUAACCUGUUUGAAGAUCCCAGUUUGGUUCCAGGGGCCACUAUGAAAAGCCUGCCGAGCGCGUUGCUGUUGGCAUGUUGCUUAUUCAGCCUGAGCUCGUUAGGAGGUGCUGUGGAGGCAGAGCAGACAUUAAUGAAGAAAAUCUUCGCCAACUACAACCUGAAGGUGCGGCCUGCUCGCACCCCCGAAGAGAGGGUGGUGGUUCGCGUGGGGAUGAUCCUCUCCUCCUUCGUUGGACUGGAAUGGACGGAUUAUCGGCUCACAUGGAAACCCAAGGAGCAUGAGGGGAUUGAGGUGCUGCGUAUCCCCUCUGGAAAGAUGUGGCUUCCUGACAUUGUUCUCAUCAAUAAUAAUGACGGCGUGUUCGAUGUGGCCCUUCAAGUCCAUGUUCAGGUUUACAGUAAUGGCAGGGUGACGUGGACACCCCCUGCUCUCUACUGCAGCUCUUGUGGAGUCAAGGUUACAUAUUUUCCCUUCGACUGGCAGAAUUGCUCCAUGCAGUUUCGCUCCUACACGUAUGAUUUAACAGAGAUCGACCUGCAGUAUGCAAGAGACGCCAGAGGCAAGGAGAUCAGGGAGAUCCAGCUAGAUGGCGGCUUCAGUGAGAGCGGCGAGUGGUACAUCAGACACAGACCAAGCAGGAAGAACAUGAACGACGACAUGUACGAAGAAAUGACUUUCUACCUGAUCAUAGAGAGGAAGCCGCUGUAUUACAUCAUCAACAUCAUCAUCCCCUGCAUACUUAUCACAAUCAUCGCCAUAUUCAACUUCUACCUGCCUCCCGAUGCAGGAGAGAAGAUGGGUCUGUCCAUCAACGUGCUGCUCACCCUCACCGUCUUCCUGCUGCUGCUGGCCGACAAGAUCCCCGAGACCUCGCUGGGCGUCCCCAUCAUUGUCAACUACAUCAUGUUCACCAUGAUCCUGGUCACCUUCUCCGUCAUCCUGAGCGUGGUGGUCCUCAACCUGCACCACCGCUCGCCCAACACCCACAUGAUGCCCAUGUGGGUACGCAAGAUCUUCAUCCACAUGCUGCCUCCUUACCUCUACAUGAUGCGUCCAAAAGUGGAGACCCCGCUUUCCCUGGAGAUCACUCCCCGCAGGGAGAAACAGAUGGUGAUGGCCAUCAGCAAAGCCGCUGACGAGUACUUCAUCCGCAAACCUGACAUGUCCAUCCUGUUCCCCAAGCCCAACAGGUUCCAGCCAGAGGGCCUGUGCACAGAUCUGAGGAAGUUCAUUGACGGCCCGAGCACCUACCUUACUCUGCCGGACGAGCUCAAGUCAGCUAUCGAGGCCAUCACGUAUAUCGCUGAGGCCCUGCAGGCUGAGAAGGACUAUGAAGCCCUGAAAGAGGACUGGCAGUUCGUGGCCAUGGUGGUGGACCGCAUGUUCCUCUGGAUCUUCGUCGUCUUCACCACCGUGGGCACCCUGGCCAUAUUCGCCGACGCCAGCUUCAAUCACACGCCCACAGACCCCUUCAAAGGGGCCUGAGGGACUGAAAGAGAACGCCGGGAAACGCUGCGGAGCGUUGUUCCAUAGGACUAGGUUCUCCCACGGUAACAGUUUCUGUCCCAGGAAGGAAGAUGGACGUUGUAUGAACACUGUUGGUCACGUGAACUUGGUCCCUUUCACCCCUGCUACAUGUGAAGGGGUUAAGCAUUGCUUGAACUGUAACGACCCGUCUAACUCUAGCCUAAUUCUUGUCACGUGUUAGUCUAGUAUGUGACAUUUGUGUUUUUAAAGCAUUUUAGCCACAGUUGAGCUCAGAUAUUCCCAAAUGCUGUUGACAGAUAAACACCAUGAAAAGCCAGCUGCUAUAAUAAGCUGGCGGUGCGCCUUUCACAGUGCCUGUGUGGAGAGUGGGGCACAUCCCUGGGGGUAAUCCUCCUGUGUGCUUCAGACACCGGCGCGCAUUUGUUUGGAGGCUAAUCCUGUAUUGCGGCGCAGAACAACAGUGUCCUCCGUGUCUCCCUUUGUCAGGGGACGCAAGGACACCGCAGGUCCGUUGUGGUGCGUGCUUUUGUUUUUGUCGUUUUAAUAAAGAUCUGAAGGGGAGGACACAUAU